AUGGCGGACUACCACCAGCCGUACGUGACGAUAAGGACGAGACAUGCCAACGAUGGAAGCAGCAUGAGUAGCGCCGACUCUGCAUAUGGCUCGGGGAAUGGCGGCCUUAACACUCCGUCGGCAACUCAUGAUACCAGCCGAGUCAAUUACCAUGUGAAGCAUUUGGACAGCUUCGCAAAAACGUUGGAAGAAUCUGCCGGACGAGCCUUCCCCAACACCGGCAAGUCCUCGCAAAGAUAUAACAAAGUUCAGGCACUGUUGUUGCAUUGGAAGUCGGAUGACUUGUUCGUCCUACCAGAAUUGGAGGACCUGCAGAAGUGCCUGCGAGACGACUACAGCUUCGACACCGAUAUCUUCUCUAUCCCUUCCGACAAUGCUCAUCUGGAGUUGAUGAUGAGGGUCGGGUCCUUGGUCAAAGAGCACGAGGCCCAUGAUACCCUGUUCAUCGUUUACUACGGUGGUCACGCCAGGAUAGACGAGUCGCGACAGAGCACUUGGUGCGCAACACGCCAACCGAGAUCACCUUCCUUACAAUGGUCUGCGAUCCAAACGCUGCUCGAGCGCUCCGUGUCUGAUGUCUUGGUCCUUCUCGAUUGCUGUGCAGGCGCAGCAAGUGCGACUUUUCCGAGCGGCAAAUCCAUCACCGAGACGAUAUCAGCAUCAAGUUGGGAUGCCAUUGCUCCAGACCCGGGGCGCUACUCGUUCACAAAUGCUUUGAUCGAGGUGCUCCAAGAGUGGAGGAUACGGACAUUUUCUGCAGCUAUGCUACAUGCCGAAGUUCUUGCUCGUCUGAAGCACCCCAGGCCGAUCACAAUCAAUGGCAAGCAUUUCGAAGCACGAUCGACUCCGGUGCAUUUCAUGAUGACGUCAAAUCACAAGGCCCCGAGCAUUGAGCUCACCAAACUUGUUCCCGCUGAUGCACGGCCACCGUCACCGCCGCAGGAGCCCUGGGAGGGCGAAGAAGAUGUCGCCGAGGGUGCCGGACGUGGCCCAGGGACAGAGCCGGUAUCUGGGCCUAAUGAGGAUGAACCUCAUGUGAUGAUCUCGCUGGCUCUGGAAGACAACCAGGAGCUCGACCUGAACGCCUGGGAGCAGUGGCUUGCCGCCUUUCCAGCCUUGGCGAAACACGUCAAAGUUCAAGGCGUGUUUAAAAGCCAUUCUACACUUCUACUACUUUCGAUGCCAGUCAUGAUCUGGGAUCUCUUACCCGAGGACCAUGCGUGUUCAUUUGUGGCCUUCAUCCGCUCAAACAAUCUCAUCAAGACCAGCCAGUCCUCUCGAGAGGAAGCCGAGGAAGAGGUCGCAGAUGAUGCCGAGUAUGACAGCCAGUCAAUCAUCUCUGGCACUACUUACACGCCUGCCGAUGAACGAGGCCGCCUUGAUUCCAUUUAUAGGCGAGGAUCCACAGCCACGACGAUAUCUCAACGAACGUCGCGGUCUCUGACCCCCGCAAGCAUGACUGCAGAUUUGCGAGAUCAGCUUCAGAAUUACACUUUACGUCAGACGAGGCGGCAACAUGGAUAUGCGGUCAUGGAUUUACCUCCCGACCGACCUCUUGAUCUUCUAAACAGGCAGAUGACUACGCCCGCGGCAGCGGUGGGCGUGCCCUAUGUUGCCAGCCGGAGGGACGUCGAACAGCCGUCUCCGAGGUCAAGACUGAACCAGACCGGUGCCAUCUAUGAUGGCGGAAGCAGCUCUCAGAUCAGCAGGCCACGCCUUUCAUCUCAGGUCGUCGAUCGACUUGAGGAAUACUUCCAGGAAGAGCACCACCACCCAACAUUCCCGGUUAUGGAGUUCUUCUCGUCCACGCUGGGCGUCAGGCUCUCUGACAUCGAUGCCUGGUUCCACAACCGCCGUCAGCAACAGCUGAUGAACGAUAACCUGCAGAACCUGCGUCCUAGUGACCAUGGUCCCGAGGCCAAAGAAGGCGCCAAGAUGAUUCUCCCGGGCCAUCUCAAUACUCUUCUGGAGAUCUUCCCUCCUAGCCAGGUCCUGCUCGUUGACCUGCGCUCACCCACCGACUUUGAGAAAUCGCACGUGCACGGCGCCGUCAACCUGCGAAUCCCGCUCAGCUUUGUCCGCGAUGCCGCGUCAGACCUUGACCUCGUUGAGAUGGCCUUCACCGACGAGCAAAGCAGGCGCUGCUUCUCCCGUUGGAAGAGCGCCAAGUGCAUCGUCUUCUACGACCGAGUUGUUGAGUUCCCGUGGGAGUGCCCCGUGGCUGAUGCCAUGUACGAGCAGUUCAAGCGAGAGAGCUGGGAGGGGCAAUGCUACAUCCUCAAGGGUCACUACCGCGAGUUCUCCGCCUCGUUUGACAAGUAUAUCUCGGGCAACAAGAUGACCCAGGGGGCAAAGGACUAUGUCGACGGUCUCCGCGAGAGAGCCACCCCGUCCCAGGACGAAUCCCGCCAGAACCAGGAGCGAUACAGCGAAUGGGUUCACCUGCUGGAGAACGAGGACCGCGUGCCCUCGACGGAGCUGAUCCCCUCCAAAAAGGCUGAACGGAUGCGCGCCGUCGAGCAGCACCAGUCGGAGCUGCAGACGGAAUUCGAGGGCCGCUUUCCCGCCCUCGUGACCAAGGCCAGGAGCCUCCGGCCUGCAGCAGCAGCAGCAGCUGUGGCGCCCGCUAAGCGCUCGUCUGUCGCUGCCGAGGCGGCCGCGUGGCUGGAGAGUCGGAAGCGCACAACAACCAGCAGCAGCAACAGCACGGCGGCCGCAGCGCAGCGCGCCUCGGCCAAGGGCAAGGACAAGUACGGCGACGACGGCGACGACUUCGGCGCCAAGGCGCAGUACGUCGAGCCGCUGGCCAAGGGCCUGCAGAAGAUGCAGAAGGAAGGCAGAGGCAGAGGCAGAGGCGGCGGCGGCGGCGGCGUGGGCAACGACGCCGACGUCGUCCACGACUCGCCGCCUUCGCCGCGGACGCCCGCGCCGCCCUACUCGUACCAGGCCACCACGUACGACAAGCUGAGCGGCGAGGCCGCCGCCGGGGCCGACGACUUUGACGACAUCGACCCCAAGGACGAGCAGCUGCGCAACGACCCUGCCUUCCAGAAGGCGGGCGACCUGGGCGAUGCGCACCGCAGGGCCGUCAAGGACGGCCGCUUCUGGAAGCUGCUGCAACGGAACAAGUAA